AUGGCUAGCAACGAAUGUCAUUGGAGCACUAGACAAAAGGAACCAAGAGUAGCAGGGCUGUAUGAGGUGAAUGAAACCACUGCUUUGGCUGCAAAAGUGGAUGCUUUGACCAAGAGUGUCAUGGAUAACAAUGCAUUGGCCACAAAGGUUGAAGCUUUGACACAGAGAUUUGAUCAGUUCAUGUUGGGUUCUGGCUCAAGUCCUAAGGCAGUGAUGUCAUGUGAAAUAUGUGGUGUUGGGCAUGCAACAACCCAAUGCCCCAUUCUUGUUGCUUCCCCUACACCGACUGUGUCAGUAGAGUAUGUCAGUGGAGGACCAAGGGGUCCGGGAAAUGCUUUCCGCAACACUUACAACUCGGGGUGGAAGAACCAUCCAAAUUUCUCUUGGAACCAAGGUCAGUCACAACAAAGACCACCACCACCUCAAGGUCCUCAGUUUCAGCCCCAACAACCACAAGAUAGGAAAUAUACCACUGAAGAUGUGUUGGCAAAGUUCAUGAUUAAUACUGAGGCAAGAUUUCAGAAUAUUAACAAUCAGUUAACACAGCAUGGGGGACAGUUCAGUGAGAUAAGCACUGUGUUGAGAAAUCUUCAAGCGCCUGUGCAAUCUCUUGUGAACCAGGUGGGACAGCUUGCUAGAGCGCAAUCAGAACGACCCUCAGGUAGCUUACCAAGCAACACUGAAAGCAACCCGAUGGAGCAUUUGACGGUUGUCACACUAAGAAGUGGGAAACAGUUGGAGGCAAGGGCCAAGGAGAGCCCAAGUGCCUCCAAUGAUGGGGUAGCCGUUCGGGAAGACCCUAGUUCAGGUGAGAAUGCGAGUGAAAAGAGUGAGAAGAAGCAUGAUGAAGAUGUUCCUAAGUCUCCGAUCCGAGGGGGGCCUGAGUAUAAACCUGUAGUGCCAUACCCCUCCAGGCUCAAGCAAGAUAAGGAAGAAGCUCAAUUCAAAAAGUUCCUUGGCAUUUUCAAGCAACUUCACAUUAACAUCCCCCUGGUCGAGGCUCUUUCACAGAUGCCCAAGUAUGCUAAAUUCUUGAAGGAUCUCCUCACCAACAAGAGGAAGCUAGAAGACUUGGAGACUGUGACUCUGUCGAGGAAUUGUUCUGCUGUGAUCCAGAAGAUGCUUCCUAAGAAACUCACUGAUCCCGGCAGCUUCAUCAUCCCCUGUGUGAUUGGGGGAAGGAAUGAAAGAAAAUGCUUUAGCUGA